AUGUUACUCCGUCUCUCGCACAUCAGACCCAUUGCACUCCAUCAUAUCCAGACGGGGAGUGGGAUCCAACAGAGCAGAAAUAUCAGCUUCCUCAAGAAGUUGCUUCUGUUGGACGACUCCAGUAGUAGCGAUCUUGAUAAACAUGAGGUGGUGAAGUGGGAUGAGUCCCCCUACGCUGAUAUCAGAACCAGAGCAGCAUACAUCCGAGCCAUGGCGAAAUGCCCGGUGACCCAUAAACCAGUCGACUAUGUGUGUCCAAUAUCAGGUAUCCCAACACAUCAUGACCGUAAAGCCUGGGAGGACGAUAAGGAGUAUCACGAGCAAAAGAAAUAUGACCGUUUGAAAAAGGUCAACUUAUACGAGCAUGAUUUAAGGUCAGGAAGAAAGUUUGAUGAGUUCAUAUUCCCGGGAAACCAGGAGCGUGACUUCACUGUCAGUUUAGAAAACUGGGACACUUUCUUCUAUACCAGAGAUUUCAAUCCCAUGAAUACCGAGUAUAACUUGGCUGCGGCUACCAAGGUGUUGACUUAUCCAAUCACCAUAGCUGCCAUUUUGCACAGAUUUUCUCCAUACGCCUUGACUCCGAAGGGACCAGUUACCUUGGAAGGUUUGCGUUCCUUGGCUGCAUUGAGGUAUUCUUUGUACUCGCUGCCUAUCAAAAAGAAUAAGGAAAUCACCUUCAAGGACAGACCAAUGAGGAUUUUCCUUGUGGGUGCUAAGAUGGAAGCCAUGUUGCCCGGAUACGUUUGGAAGCAAUUCGGCUACCUUUUCCCAGAAACGAAGUUUGAGAUCCACUUCAUUGGUCCCCAGUCAUAUUUUGACGUUGAGGCAAAGGCAUUCAUGCCCUCUAACAGACCUCACGGCAGACCAAUGGUAAGAAAACACGAUGAGCAAAUCACGCUCAUACAUCACACAAAAUAUUUCCACGAAGUCUAUGAUCAAGGUGAUCUUUUCCCGUUCGACCCAUACUUGGAUGUCUUCUUCCUCUUCCACCCAGGAUUUAAGACCGCCGAUGAGAUUCAUUGGGAUAAGGCCUUGAAGGGUCUUUUGGAUUCCAAGUGUGCUGUGCAUGUUACUGGAUACCACGACGUGGAUAUUGAAAGAGAAAUUGAUUGGUUGAAGCACCACAAACUUCAUGACGAGAUGGACAUUCUUAUGAACAAAACGGAUAAUAUCUUUGGUUCUACUAAGAUUGACUUGGUCGACAUUAACCCAACAGAGUCGUUCCAGGCAAACAAUAAACUCAUGGCCUUCAGAGGUAAGAGAUACCAUGCCAUCAGGACAUAG